AUGGAGGUCGAACAGGAAUACCGCUGGGGAGGCCCACAGGCCGAUGAUGAAGUAAGUCUUAAUAUAGAGUUUUGAUCACUAUUGUGUAAAGGUUCCUGAUUACUACAAUACUAUCAUAAAGUAAUGAAUAAUAUUGUUUAUAAUAAAGUUAUUUAUAAUGAAUAAUAGGUACUGUUUUACUUGUUUUUCGUUUGAAUUAUUAUUUUAAUUUAAAAAGGUAUAUGUCAUCAUUAUUUACAGAAGGAAAAAGCCGCUAUGGAGCGUGAACGGAAGAAGGCUGAAGUCCGUAAGCGAUUGGAAGAAGCCGGAAGGAUGAAGAAUGCCAAGAAAGGUUUCUUGACGCCUGAGAGAAAGAAGAAGCUGAGAGUAAGUUAACAUAACUACUAUGCUCACCAUACUAUCAUUUUUACAUAAACAAUUACUGUAAAGUUUAACAUUUUUUGAUAUGUUACAAUUGACUCGGAUGUUCUUAUCAAAAUCAAAAACUUUUAGAAACUGCUUAUGUUAAAAGCGGCUGAAGAUCUGAAGCAACAACAAAUGUUGCGCGAACAAGAACGUCAACGUAUUCUCCAAGAUCGUAUUAUUCCUUUGCCUGACCUGGAUUCUCAAUCGGAUUCUGAUCUUCAAAGUUUGAUUGAGAAGUUCAAGGGCCGAGUCUUAGAUUUGGAAAGCGACAAGUACGACCUCAGCUACACCGUGCGACAAAAGGACUUUGAAAUCAACGAAUUGACUAUCGCUGUUAAUGAUUUGAGAGGAAAAUUGUGAGUUAACGAUCUUUAUUUGUAAUCAUUAAAAUUUUGAGUUAGUCUUAAUAACACUAGGGAAAUGCAGGUAUUAGUACUUGUACACAAUGUAAAAAGGGCAGAAUAUUUUUUUGAUUUAACUCUAUGUGCAGUAUUAUACUACAUUUAAUUUCAGCGUCAAGCCCACUUUGAAAAAGGUCUCCAAAACAGAUUCCAAAUUCGACAAGCUGAAGAAGAAACAAGGAAACACGGUGGACUUCAGAAACAACCUCAAAGUCAUCGACAAGAAACAGUUCGCCAUGGAUGAAGAAGUGAGUUUCCAUUUAAUUUCAGUUUUUAAAGAGUAUGUAUCUUACUAUUAAAUUGUUCAAAUAAUUAUGUGCUUUCCUCAAAAACAUUUUUGGAGCGAAUGGGCACAGGAUUAACUGAACAACUUAAUUAAAAACAAGGUAGAUUUUAGUCAGUUUUUAAAAAUUUAUAUUUUUUUCAGUCCGAGAAAGAAAAGGUCGAAUGGGCUCAAAAGUAA